AUGCCUCCACAAAUUCAUCAAUCUUCACUUCCUAUUCUCAAUCCUCUACUUAGAUUUUCACCACCUUCCUCCCCUGACAAUCUAAAACACCAGAGAGAAUCAAAGAUCACGAUGCCAAAAUUCACUGUGCGUAAACUCAUACCCCUUCUUAUCUUCGUUCUUUCAAGCCUCUCUGUUCUUCGACUCCUCCGGAUUUCAUUAAAGUCUUCGUCAUCCUCUGCUUCUCGUCCCUUCUCUUCCAUCACAUUUCGGUCGAGUCCGGCAGAGUCCAGUCAGCACAUCAGGGCUACUAAUGCGAGCCAGAGCGUUCUCACGGAAAAGGAACUCAAGCUCUUAUUAGAUACAGUUACUCGUAGAUCCCCUUGCAACGUUCUUGUUUUCGGGUUUACACCUCAAUACCUCAUGUUAUCUUCAAUCAACACAAGAGGCAUCACCGUCAUUCUAGAAGACGAACCUGCAAAGAUAACGACAUUAAGAGAUGAAGUGAAUCCAAACAACACAAGAAUCUACGGCUUGAAAUACCAUCAGAUGGAAGUGAAAAACGCUUACAAGCUGCUUCGACAUGCCCGAGCUAAUCCCGCAUGCGCACCAAAUGUGAAUAAUCUACGUCAAGGCUCACCGGAGUGCAAACUGAAACUGAGGGAUUUGCCACAGGAAGUAGACAAGAUCAAAUGGGAUGUGAUCGUUGUUGAUGGGCCACGUGGGGAUGACUUAGAGGCGCCAGGUAGGAUGGGGAGUAUAUACACUGCAGCUGUGUUAGCAAGAAAAGGAAGAAGCAACUCCACAACGGAUGUAUUGGUGCAUGAUGUGCACAGGACUGCUGAGAAGUGGCUCUCCUGGGAGUUCUUGUGCCAGGAGAAUCAGGUUUCUGCUAAAGGAAACUUCUGGAAGUUUAGGGUCAAGGGUCAAUUAAAUGCAACAAGCUUUUGCUCACCAGAAACAUUCAAUGUAGAGUAG